AUGAAGCCUUUUCACCUUCUCGUGCUACUCAUUUUCCCCCUUGCACGCUUCGGAAGGGGGGAAAGUCCAGAUGGUGGCAAAGGUGAUGGAAGCAAUGGGGGAGUAGUAUUCCCCCGGGACUUCGACAAGGACAUGAACGAAUUGGACUUAAGCGGUCUGGAGGAAGACAUCGAAGGCAUCGAAGAAAUAGCACACACAGAUUACUACCAAUACGUGACCCAGUUAUAUGUCUAUGUGCGCAUAGACAAAAAAUACAGUACGUUCCGAAAUCACCUGCAACUGAUCCGCCUCGGGGAGAAGUUCAUGACGCUGCUGCAAAACGCAAUGAUUAACGUGCAAAUGAAGAAAACUGGAGUUGGAAUUUUUACGUGUUUUUACCAGGACAAAGCCAUAACGGAAAACCUAGUUACAUACUUCCUAAUGCAGAAGGAGGUAGACUUCUUGGAAGUCGGCUUCGAUAGGCGCUUUCCAGAGGGAAGAUCCGCCCCUUUUGUCGACGUUGAUGAGAGGAUCGACCCGCAGGAGAAAACCGAUGAGGAGUUGUAG